AUGGCGUCUCCGGAACUGAUCAUCGUACAGUUUAUGCGCGAUCAUGUCGUCUUCAGGAAGCCAAACUUGAUUGAAGGUGAUGUACAGGUGCAGACCAAGUUUGAGGUUGAUCCUUGUUGCCUGCUGAAAGAUCUGCUUGAGGAGCUGGAGGUGAGCAACGCGGUGUGGCAGGAGGGGAAGCACCCGAUUGCACGCGACAAGAAGAGCAAGGCGUUCUUCAACCGGCAGCUCGGCAUUGUGGAGCUGUUGGAAGACGAGGAUCUCCGGGAACAGCUGCGAUCUGGAAAGACGCGGGACACCCGUAUCCAGGUGAUGAUCCCGAGCUACAGCGGGCAGCGCACGGAGCAGGUGCUCUCUGGACUGCAGAAUUUGGGCAUUGGCGAAGACGACUCAUUUACGUCAAUCUGGGUGCUGCCGAUGAUCCUGCGUCUGCCCGGCGCGCAGGUCGAGGAGAAGGGCGACGAUGUCAUCAAGGCCCGCGUCACUGUCAUUCAGAUCAUCAACAACCUCAAGUCAUCCGCCGCCCUCACCCUCGACUUCCUUGGUCUCUGCUUCGGCGCAAGCGUGAUUGCGUCCAUCGGUCUUGCACGCGAUGACACCGUCACCACCGUCGCAUCCAUGCUCAUCUCCCCGCUCAUGACGGCUGCGGGCGUCACGGAGCUGUGGCAUCACGACAUCCCCACGUAUUUGGUUGACAAGAAGCACAAGCAGAAGACAGUCAUUCAACUCAUCCACGAUGUUGAACGAAAGAUGCGGCCGGGCCAGACUGUGGAGGAGGCGGCCCGCGAAUUCUUGCAACCGGAACAAGCGGAUCGCGUGCUGGAGUAUUUGGAUUCGUGCGAUCGCAUCAACAGAAUGACCGACCUUGACAUGCGCCGCACAUACAAUCUCAGAACCGCAAAGAACAAGACGUUUGAUGAGCUUUUGGCGCUGCGAGACUUGCUGCACAAGGACGUGCGGCCUGAAGAUCGUCGUCAACAACCCUUCAUACCGCGCAAAACGGAGUUUACGACGAUCCAGCGGCGCGAUGCGCCCGCGUACCCGGCAAUGCAUGAGGACCUGUUCAAGGAGCCGACGGCGGAGGAGCGACUGCUGCAGCAGCGAGAGGCCGAGCGUGCAGCCAGUCUGCACAAGGCACGGAGGGAGACGGGCGGGCUCGGCACGCGGGACACGGCGCAGUUGGUCAUGGACCAAGGGCUGCCCGUCGAUCGGACCGCAGAUACGCGUCGACUGCUACACGUGAAGAAGACGCAAUCCACGCUUCCAAAGGCUUCCUCUGUGUUUGCAUCUGUGUCCGGCGAUUCACAAUCCCAGCAGCAGCAGCAGCAGCAGCAGCAGCAGCAGCAAGGGGAAGAGAAGGGCCCACAGCAACCAGAACAGCAAGUAAGUGCACAGGGUGACUUGCAAGCAAAGCAACAAGACACACAACAGCCACAACAGCCACAGCCACCACGACAAGAUGCACAGCAGCCACAACAGCAGCCACAACAGCAGCCACAACAGCAGCCGCAGACAGAUUCUGACCCACCACCACAAUACGAUCAAGUGCAACAUGCGCAAUCGCCACCACCACCAGCAAACGUCGGAGCAAUUCCUCAGCAGCACGCAGCCUCUCCCUCACAGACACCACCAACAGAGACAACGACGGCAGCACCUACCUCAACACCAACACCAACCUCCGUUCCACAACAACAACAACAACAACAACAACAACAACAACAACAACAACAACAACAACAACAACAACAACAACAACAACAGCAGCAGCAGCAGCAGGGCGAUGCGCGUCACACCAUCGCUGGCGUGACCACAUCUUCAAGUGCAACAGAUGUCCACGACAACGCUGACGACGAUGACAUCACUACCGUCUGAUCUACGUGUGUGCGUGUGUGUGUGUGUGUGUGUGCGCGCGCGCGCGUGUGUGUCUGUGUGUGUGUGUUCGUGUGCAUAUGCACAUGCGUGCUUUCACUUGUUCUCCACGCUUUUGGGUUGAUUGCAUCGCACGCCACGUUCUUCCUUGCUUUCAUUCGUGACUGCCUUCUCACUCGCUCGCUUGCUUCCUGGCUUCCCUUUGUGUAUGAAAGAGCUACAUGUGCGAGGAUGACAUUAACGCCUGACGAAAUGCAACUGAAACCACAAAAGGAGAAGCAACAGCGAGGAAGUUACACAAAGGGGUCACAUGAAGCUGCGAAACACAAAAAUCAAUUGUAAGAAAGCACUUGACAUCUACAACACCAAAACAUGAGUGGCUGCUUGCCUUCGAAGCUCAAAUGCACAAAAGAAACCAAC